GUUUGGACCUCAGGCUGUUCGGAUUGUACCUCCCAGAUUCUAAUCUAAUUGCACCAACAAUGGCGGUUUCCAGAAAUCGAAGAAGUUUAUAGCGUUUGCACCUCAGGCUGCUCCAAUUGUACCUCCUAAAUUCUAAACCAAUUGCACCAACAAUGGCGGUUUCCUGAAAUCUUACUCAAUCGCCCCAUGCUCAAUGGGGUCUCAAGGGAUUCUAAUUUUCUGCGAAUUCCCAAUUCCAGCUUCUCAUAAUCACUUCCGCAAAUUCAUAGCUGACGGCGGCCGUAAAAAUUACAAGACGCGUCGGUGGCGGUUUUUUACCGGCGGCCGGAGCGGCGGCUCGCGGUGGGAUAGGGACGUGAACUCGAACCCCAAUCGACGGUCCAGAUUCAGCGACGCUUAUGCGACGGACGAGUUCGGUGAGGAGGAUGGAUUCGGGUUCAGAAACACCGUGAAGCAGAGGGUUUGGUGGUCCGAUGAUGAUGAUGAUGCAGGAGAUGAAGAAGAAGAUGGCUUUGGGAUUCUCGAAGCUUCGAUUGGAUUCGACUGGAUUUUUAAGAUACUUCGAGCCUUUGGAUGGAUGGUUCCAGCAGUUGUGAUCUCAUUUCUGAUGGGCACGGGCCCUGAUGCUAUCGUCAUGGCGUUGGCUCUUCCCCUUGCUCAGUCAGCAUUUGCUCUAGCUGCUGACACGCUUUGGGGGAGGGCCGAUGGAACCCCAAGACCGAAGUCUAAGAGGAAGAAGAGGCCUUUCGCUGGAUCUCAAGCUCGUUCUAGAGCAAGAAAAGAAAAAGAAGCCCGAACUCAGAAGAGGAAGGAAGCUGGGAAUUACAAGUCAUGGUUCGAGGGCAAUAGUAAUUCUGCAAAGGAGAGUAGGAACUGUCAAGAUUUUGGAGGGUGGGACGAGCUAGAUAAUCCAGUGAGAGCGGACAAGGAUCCUCGUGUGACGCCUAUUAAGAAGGAUGAAGAGCCAGGAGCCAACGAGAGGUUUAAGAUAAGUAGGAGAACAAAGGGCGAUAGUCCAUUGCUCAUGAGACUCUUGAUUGCAAUGUUCCCAUUCUUGGGAUUUUGGACCAAGUUAUUCUGAUCCUGAGUUUGCAUACAAAAUUAUUCUACACGGAUGCUAAGGUCGCUUGACAUUUACACGGGUGAGGAUCCAGAACGAGGCCAGGCCCGGUGAGGAUCCAGAGGAUCGACACUGCCAGUGCCCUUAAAGGUUCGGUUUCUUUGGUUCCAGUUCUCCCAUUUCAGACAUGAAUCAUAUUAUGAGCCUUUGGUAUGGUUUGCACUGCUAUUAUUCGUUGUGUCGUUGUCAUUGUCAUUGUGGCCCGGUCGAGGAAAUGAUUGGUAUAUGUCUGUACUACGGUUCUCAUUCACGAACCGUUCUGUGUAUUCAUCGUUUCUGUUUAGACGAAUGAAGCUGAAUAUAUAUAUAUUUAUACAAUCUUACAGAAUAGAAGUUUGACAUAGAACUCAAUAUACGACUCUGUUACACAAAGAAACUUAGCUACCAGUCAAAACAGAGCAAAAACAUCAAAUUAUAGGCAUAUCAAAUAUUGUUAUCAUAUACCACUAGUUCUUGACAUGCUUCACAGCCUAAUGCGUUUUGGAAAACAUUGGUUCCUUUGUGGUAGAUGCUGAAUUCUUGAACAUGCCUGGAUCAGUGUUCCGGUGUCGGAGUCUCCCUCGGCUCGAUCCUCGUCAUCUUGAACUGUGGCAGAUUGGAGUGGUCUUCAUGGUCAUGGUAGAUGUAGGCUAAACCACCAUGCCUGGUGACAUCCAUUCCGGCCAUUUCAUCGUCGGCCGAAAUCCUCAGCAGCUUCAGCUUGUGGAGGGCCAAGAACAGCGGCGCCAUUGUCGCCGUAACCCACGCAAUGAUCACCAGGAUCUGGAUGAUCUGGGCAGCCAAGAGCUUCCCGCCACCGCCCAUGAGCAGCCCGUAUGGCCUAUCCGGUCUCCCUGGGUAAACCUCGUUCACGAAAGCUUGCUUGGCGAAUAGCCCGGUGAAUAGCAGGCCCCACGCGCCGCAGCCACCGUGCAGCUGCGCCGCCUCCAACGGGUCAUCAUACUUCACCUUCUCGGCCAGCUUGUUGAACCCUAUCAGGACACAAGACGCCACAAAGCCACAUAUGAUUGCAGCCCAUGGCUCAACCACGGAGCAGCCGGAGGUAAUCGCAGCAAACCCUCCCAACAGUCCAUUGCACACAUCAAGCACAUUCCAAUGCCCAACCAAGAGCCUCUUCCCAAACAGGGUGGUUAGGGCAGCCGUGCUCCCAGCCAAUGUCGUCGUGACAGCCGUCCUCCCCACCGCGCUCCACUGGCCGUAGUAGGCUCCCCUCGUGCCGUACGACUUCAAGAUCGUCAGGAACGAACCGGGGUUGAACCCGUACCAACCGAACCACAGAAGGAAGGUGCCUAGCACCACUAGUGACGCGCUGUGGCCGCGCAGAGCGACGGACCGGCCGCUGUGGUCGAACCGGCCUAUCCUUGGCCCCUCGAUGAGCGCCCCCCAUAGACCGGCAAUGCCACCGACCAUGUGAACCACACCUGAACCGGCAAAGUCGAUGGCUCCGGAGCCGAAGAGAAGGCUCCCACCGAUCUUCCCUGCGCCGGCCCAACCGUCGCCGGACCAGACCCAGUGGGAGACCACCGGAUACACGAACCCGGUCAGGAAUGAGGAGUAUAUCAAGUAUGCCACAAAUUGAGUUCUCUCUGCAAUGGACCCGCUUGUAAUACCUGAUCACAACAUGCAACACCACAAUAUUAUGAUUGUACUAAUAUACCCUUUACGAUGCUUCAAGAUAAAUGUAACAAAAAAUCUCAUAUGAACGACGACAAAUGUCUUGGUAAGAAUAAGUGUUAUUCUUAAAUUCUAGUUCAAACUUUGAUUUGGUUA